CCUCCCACCAUUUCACCUUCUUAAAAUCACAGAGCAAAAGCAUCGAAUCUUCCCGUGAUGGAGAGAGAAAGUCUCUCUCUCUCUCCCCUCCCCCUCAACAGUGAUGCGGCUUCUUAGAAAGAGAGAGAGAGAAGCUCUGGCAACAUUCCCUGAACACGAGUUUUUAAAGAGAGAAAGCACACAACAAUUCUCUGUGUUUAGAGAGAGAAAGCAGGUCGUUCACCAGAGUUCAACGGCUUUUUAGAGGGAGAUAAUGAGAUAGAGGAGCCUGGCAACAUUCCCAAAAUAGAGAUACAGACACGAGUUUCUCGAGAGGGAGCAAAUAGCUAUUCCAUCAUAGAGAGAUACAGUGGCUAGAGAGAGAGAGAGAGCAACAUUCUGAAAAAAAGUGAGAGAGAGAUCACCACCUGGUGGAGAGGGAAGAGAGAACAGAGAUGGUGUUUAUGGAGUGAAAUUUUAAUACACUUGUUAGAGAGUGAAAAACGAGUGAGGAGAGAGAAAGUCAAUUUGUUAGAGAGAGAAGGUCGUAGGGUUGUUUAGAGAGAGAGAGAGAGAGGAAUGUUUCUUUAUUUCCCCCAUAAACGUUCUCGAGAUCCCCUGCAGUGUACGCCUUAUAUCAGAAGCUUCUAAGGUUCAAAAGAAGAGAAAGCUUUGAGUCCCAGUAAAAGCAAGCUUUGUGGCCUGCAAAAGGAGGAGCCGAGAGCCAGAGAAAGCGAAGGCUAAAAAAGUCUAGAGAGUGAGAGAGAGAAAAAAAGCUUUUUUCUCUGAUCAGUAAGUGAGGUCACAGUAACGAGAAGAAGAUCGAAUUUUUGCAAAUCCAACCAUUUGUUAUAACCAGCAAAUCAAUGGCGACCAUUAAGUACUCCGAGCACAAGGUCACUUGCCGAAAAACAUUUUCCGGUCACUGUUUCCCAAUAAAAAACAGAGAUCCCGGCAGACUCUCCACCGAGAAGCUUAAAGUCGUUAGAGUCGUCUUCACCGAUACGGACGCAACGGAUUCCUCGAGUGACGAGGACGAAGACCACCUGCUCUCUUUUCGGAGGACACGUGUCAAGCGCCACGUCCACGAGAUCACCAUCCAACGGUCCCCGAUUGACCGACUUGAAACCGCCUUGAAUCGGCACGAAUCCAACCACGAAACCGCAGUGCGGCCUGAAGACAGCCAGAAAACCGCCUUAGACGGAGAAACUCUACCGCAAAAUAGAGGGACUGGACGAGAAAACCGACGGAAAACCGCCGCCGGGCGAGAAGCUGGAUGGCCACACAUGCGGAAAACCGCAUUAGGGAGAGAAAAUGGGAGGAAAACCGGCGAAGUUGGGCGGAGAACCGCUUUUAGGGGAGUGAGGAGGCGGCAAUGGGGAAGAUGGGCGGCGGAGAUUCGAGAUCCCUUCCGUCGUGUACGCGUGUGGCUCGGCACGUACGACACGGCGGAGGAAGCGGCCGCCGUUUAUGACGCUGCGGCCGUUAGACUUAAUGGGCAUAAGGCGGUCACAAACUUCUGCAAGCGGACGGAAAACCAGAACAAGCCAGUUUCUGUUAAACUCCAGGGGAGCCCCAACCGCUUUCCGUUGGAUAAUGGCGGUUUUCGGUCUGUAUCCUCGCCCACUUCCGUCCUAUUGAACGGCGAGUACCUCACGCCGCCCCGGCAGUGGGGGGGAGAAGGCAUGGAGUGUCUGGGUUUGGGUGACGGCGUUAUCGACCCCUUCGGCAUAGGGGCCCUGGCCUUGGACGGCGUUAGUAACGCCGUCAGUUUUGGCGGGAACGGGAGCGAAUUCGCCGAUGAUUUUGGCGAACUCGGAUGGGAUGAUUUUUUUGUCGAUAUCGGCGAGUUUUAGCACGUUGACCCCCUUACGGGUUUUUUUUCUGUCACGUUUUAAUAUUUUCCCGACUUUUUCCGAUUUAUUUCCGAUUUAUUGUUUUUUUUUCCAUUUUUGUCGUUUUCUGUCGGCGCCGCCUCAGGAGUGGGGUAGGGCUUUACCCAAUUUUUUAUCCAACGCUGCUUGCCUUUUUCUCUCUUUUUUUGUAAUUUAUCCUUAAAAAAAUGACUCAAGAAAGAGGGGCAAUCUUGAUAUACAAAUAGAGAGAGAAAAAAAAGAGAGA